AUGAGAGGCGCUCGCGGCGCCUGGGAUUUUCUCUGCGUGCUGCUCCUGCUCCGCGUCCAGACAGGCUCCUCUCAACCAUCUGUGAGUCCAGGAGAACUGUCUCCACCGUCCAUCCAUCCAGCAACAUCAGAAUUAAUAGUCAGCGCUGGUGACAACAUUAGGCUGUUAUGCACCGAUCCAGGCUUUGUCAAAUGGACUUUUGAGAUCCUGGAUCAAAUGAGUGAGAAUAAGAACAAUGAAUGGAUCAUGGAAAAAGCAGAAGCCACUAACACAGGCAAAUACACGUGCACCAACACAGACGGCUUAAGCAGUUCCAUUUAUGUGUUUGUUAGAGAUCCUACAAAGCUUUUUCUUGUGGACCGUUCCUUGUAUGGGAAAGAAGACAAUGAUACCCUCGUCCGCUGUCCUCUGACAGACCCAGAGGUGACCAAUUAUUCCCUCAAGGGGUGCCAGGGGAAACCUCUUCCCAGUGAUUUGAUGUUUGUCCCCAAUCCCAAGACCGGCAUCAUGAUCAGAAGUGUGAAACGCGCCUACCACCGGCUCUGUUUGCAUUGCUCUGCCGACCAGGAGGGCAAGUCGGUGCUGUCAGACAAAUUCAUCCUAAAAGUGAGGCCAGCCUUCAAAGCUGUGCCAGUUGUGUCUGUGUCGAAAGCAAGCUAUCUUCUUAGGGAAGGGGAAGAAUUCACAGUGACGUGUACAAUAAAAGAUGUGUCUAGUUCUGUGGACUCAAUGUGGAUACUAGAAAGCAGUCAGCAGACUAAAGCACAGGUAAAACAUAAUAGCUGGCACCUGGGUGACUUCAAUUAUGAACGUCAGGAAACGUUGACUAUCAGCUCAGCAAGAGUUAAUGAUUCUGGAGUGUUCAUGUGUUAUGCCAAUAAUACUUUUGGAUCAGCAAAUGUCACAACAACCUUGGAAGUAGUCGAUAAAGGAUUCAUUAAUAUCUUCCCCAUGAUGAACACUACAAUAUUUGUAAAAGAUGGAGAAAACGUAGAUUUGAUAGUUGAAUACGAGGCAUACCCGAAACCUGAACACCAGCAGUGGGUUUAUAUGAACAUAACCUCCACUGAUAAAUGGGAAGCUUAUCCCAAGUCUGAGAAUGAAAGUAACAUCAGAUAUGUAAGUGAACUUCAUCUAACCAGGUUAAAAGGGACUGAAGGAGGCACAUACACAUUUCUAGUGUCCAAUUCUGAUGUCAAUGCUUCUGUGACAUUUAACGUUUAUGUGAACACAAAACCAGAAAUCCUGACUUAUGACAGGCUUAUGAAUGGCAUGCUCCAGUGUGUGGCUGCAGGAUUCCCAGAGCCCACAAUAGACUGGUAUUUUUGUCCAGGAACUGAGCAGAGAUGUUCUGUGCCUGUAUUGCCAGUGGAUGUGCAGAUACAAAACUCAUCUGUGCCACCGUUUGGAAAACUAGUGGUUCAGAGCUCCAUAGAUUCUAGUGCAUUCAAGCACAAUGGCACGGUUGAGUGUAAGGCUUACAAUGAUGUGGGCAAGAGUUCUGCCUAUUUUAACUUUGCAUUUAAAGGUAACAACAAAGAACAAAUCCAUCCCCACACACUCUUUACUCCUUUGCUGAUUGGUUUCGUCGUUGUCGCUGGUAUGAUGUGCAUCAUUGUGAUGAUUCUGACCUACAAAUAUUUACAGAAACCCAUGUAUGAAGUACAGUGGAAGGUUGUUGAGGAGAUAAAUGGAAACAAUUACGUUUACAUAGACCCAACCCAGCUUCCUUAUGAUCACAGAUGGGAGUUUCCCAGAAACAGGCUGAGUUUUGGGAAAACCUUGGGUGCUGGUGCUUUUGGGAAAGUGGUUGAGGCGACUGCAUACGGCUUGAUUAAGUCAGACGCGGCCAUGACUGUCGCUGUGAAGAUGCUCAAACCAAGUGCCCAUUUAACGGAACGAGAAGCCCUAAUGUCUGAACUCAAAGUCCUGAGUUACCUCGGUAAUCAUAUGAAUAUUGUGAAUCUUCUCGGAGCAUGCACCAUUGGAGGGCCUACGCUGGUCAUUACAGAAUAUUGUUGCUAUGGAGAUCUUUUGAAUUUUUUGAGAAGAAAACGUGAUUCAUUUAUUUGCUCAAAGCAGGAAGAUCACGCAGAAGUAGCACUUUAUAAGAACCUUCUGCAUUCAAAGGAGUCUUCCUGCAAUGACAGUACGAAUGAGUACAUGGACAUGAAACCUGGAGUUUCUUAUGUUGUCCCAACCAAGGCAGACAAAAGGAGAUCUGCGAGAAUAGGCUCAUACAUGGAAAGAGAUGUGACUCCUGCCAUCAUGGAGGAUGAUGAGUUGGCCCUAGACCUGGAAGACUUGCUGAGCUUUUCUUACCAGGUGGCAAAGGGUAUGGCUUUCCUCGCCUCAAAGAACUGUAUUCACAGAGACUUGGCAGCCAGAAAUAUCCUCCUUACUCAUGGUCGAAUCACAAAGAUUUGUGAUUUUGGUCUAGCCAGAGACAUCAAGAAUGAUUCUAAUUAUGUGGUUAAAGGAAACGCUCGACUCCCUGUAAAGUGGAUGGCACCUGAAAGCAUUUUCAACUGUGUGUACACGUUUGAAAGUGACGUCUGGUCCUAUGGGAUUUUUCUGUGGGAGUUGUUCUCUUUAGGAAGCAGCCCCUACCCUGGAAUGCCGGUGGAUUCCAAGUUCUACAAGAUGAUCAAGGAAGGCUUCCGAAUGCUCAGCCCUGAGCAUGCACCUGCUGAAAUGUAUGACAUAAUGAAGACGUGCUGGGAUGCUGAUCCCCUAAAAAGGCCAACAUUCAAGCAGAUCGUUCAGCUCAUUGAGAAGCAAAUUUCCGAUAGCACCAGUCACAUUUACUCCAACUUAGCAAAUUGCAGCCCCAACCAAGAGAACCCCGUGGUGGACCAUUCUGUGCGGAUCAAUUCUGUCGGCAGCACCGCUUCCUCCUCCCAGCCACUGCUGGUGCAUGAAGAUGUCUGA